AUGAGAAAUCAGCUAAGCUACCCAGCCGGCGAGCAAAACAAAGUGAACCGGCUGGCCGAAAAGCGAGCGGCGUACGACCUUGAGACAGUCCAUGGCAUUAUGAACCAAUCCCUUGUCUUCCACGUCUCGUUCCAGCCUGACGCCGAAAAUGCAUUUCCUAGUACCAUCCCCAUGCUUGGCGCCCUAGGCAACUUUGACUAUCCCAGCGCUGGCUUGAACGAGCCUCAAGACGCCUACAUCCAUGGGUACAUCUCGGCCCGGAUGACAAACUUGGCUAGGAAGGCAAUGGACGAUGGACUCCCCGGCUUGCCUGUCUGCCUCUCCGUCGCCAAGGUUGAUGGCCUCAUCCUAUCUCUGAGCGCAUUCACACACUCGUGCAACUACCGCUCCGCAAUCCUAUUCGGACACGCAAGUCUCGUCACAGACGAGUCGGAGAAGCUGUGGGCGCUGGAGAUGCUUACCAACAAGAUCAUCCCCGGCCGGUGGGACCAGGUCCGCCAACCCCCCAACAAGACCGAACUCGUGCAGACGCAGAUUCUGCGGGUUCGAGUCACUAGCGGCAGCGCAAAGGUGCGUGCAGGACCGCCGGCGGAUGACAAGGAUGAUGUUCAGAAUGCUGAGGUCAUGGCCAAGGUGUGGUCCGGCUACAUUCCGUUGGUGGAACGCAUGGGAGAGCCGAUUCCUAGUGCGUACAACAAACUUGUGGAGGUCCCAGAGAAUGUCCGAGACCUCCAGGAGGAGUUUAAUAAAGAGGCAGAUGCGUACAACGAGAAGUUGGUCAAGCAGGUGGAGGAGGAUGUGAUCUCUUGGGGGACGAUAUGA